AUGGCCGCAAAACCGUUCCUGAAGAUGGGCUUGAGGAAGACGAUUGGAUCGGGUCUAAAUACGAGAGUUUGGAGCGAAUCAUGGAUCCCGGAUCUUAGAGCUCGGCCACCAAGAGCCGCUCCGCAGAUCGGAUUCCGGGACCCGGGAAUUUUGGUAUACUCCUUCAUCCGUCAAGAUACAAAGCAAUGGGAUGUUCCCCUACUUAGAGAAUUUUUCCAACCUGAGGAUGUCUCCCUUAUCCUCGGGUUGAGACCUAGCCGUACCUGUUGCGUUGCUACAUGUCAGAACCUCACUUACCGACAUAUGGGUUCAGACAAACGUUGCCUUCGUUGUGGGGAUCCUGAGGAGUCUAUAAACCAUCUACUGUUUUUAUGUCCCCCGGCCUUACAAGUCUGGGCAUUAUCGGACUUUCCGUCCCUUCCGGGUGUCUUCCCGAGUACCUCUAUUUAUCAAAAUAUGAGUUUUCUCUUUUGGAAAACAAAAGAGCAAGACAUGACAGAUCCUCAAAAGGAUGUAUAUCCUUGGAUCCUAUGGUUUAUUUGGAAAGCAAGGAACGAGAAAAUCUUCAAUGGGAAAGAAAGUUCUCCGGAAGACACCUUGAUCCACGCGAAGGUGGAAGCAGAAAGUUGGAGAUUAGCAAACCAACCUGAAGACGAUGAUGAUGCUCACGUUGAGGCGUUGCCCCCCCCCUCCGGCCCCGAUAUCACUAUCCGAGGUACCGCAGACCCCGAUAUGCCGGAUUGA